AUGGGGACUACGGCCCUGGAUUCAAUUAAGGACAUAACCUCAGGAGCUGCAGGAGGUAUAGCGCAAGUUCUUAUAGGACAACCUUUCGACCUCGUAAAAGUGCGCCUUCAAACCCAAGGCGGAGGAGGGAAUGCUCUGGGUCUAGUCCGCAGCAUCUGGACUAAAGAAGGGCCUUUGGCUUUUUACAAGGGUACUCUAGCUCCGUUGCUAGGUGUAGGUGCCUGUGUCAGCAUACAAUUCGGUGCCUUUCAAUUCUUUCGCCGACGACUCGAAGAGUAUCGCGGAAUCUACCCAGCCGACGCUAAAAGUAACAGCAAAUCACUCUCCCUAUUUGACUUCUACCUCGUAGGAGGAGCCGCUGGCCUAAGCAACAGCAUCAUCUCCGGACCAAUCGAACACGUCCGAAUCCGGCUCCAAACACAACCCAGCGGCGUGGCCCGCCUAUACUCUGGGCCCUGGGACUGCGUGCGCAAGAUUACGCAGCACUCCGGUAUGAAGGGCCUGUAUCGUGGGCAGGUCGUCACUCUUUUCAGAGAGUUCCACGGGUACGGUAUCUGGUUUGCCGCGUAUGAGGGGUUUCUCAGUAUGGCGAUGGCCUGGGAAGGCGUCAAGGACAGAAGAGACCUGGCUAGCUGGAAGAUUGCCGUCUGCGGAGGUCUUGCGGGUGAGGCGCUGUGGCUGGGGAGUCAUCCGCUCGAUGUGAUCAAGAGUAAGAUGCAGAGCGACGGGUUUGGGGGAGACCAGAAGUACUUGACCAUGAGGGACGCUUUCCGUCAGACUUGGAGAGAGGGUCGCUUUCGGGGACUGUUUCGAGGACUUGUCCCAGCGUUGCUAAGGGCGAUGCCUGUGUCUGCUGGGACUUUUGCAACGUAA